ACUGGUGAAACCACUCAGUGGACUGAAUAUCUCAAACGGUAUAAAAAUGGUAAAAGGUGGAAAGAGAUACUCUUCAAUGAGCAAUGAUGGCAAAUGGUUUGCUCAUUCAGUUUUACCAGAAAAUGACACCAAGAAUGUUGAAACCUAUACGAGCACUGGGAUCAUGCUGACUCAGGUUAAAUCAGCAUUGCCUCAGGCUUUGAACUUUAAGCGCUAUCCUAAAUGGAAAACUGAGCAGAAAUCCAGAGAAUAUCCUUUAUCAGUCCAUGACAACAAGCAUGCCUUGAAAGACAUCUCUGUCUUCACUCAUGGUGUGGGACGCAGGAAGUGUCUUGAUGAUCACAGACAGCACAACUCCCACUUCUGCCUGUGCCAUGAUGGAGCCAACAACAGCACUGAAGAGACAGGGGGGAACCUCACAGCCUACCAGGCUGACUUUAUUGUGAAGCAUGCUGUUAAUGUUCCAACCAGCACCAGACUGUUCCCCCGCAACCACAAGCAGAAGUCUGAAGAGGCAGCUUUGGCACAGGCAGGGGAGCAAUUCAUGUGGUUCGGACGACACGACUCUGACUCCUCAGAAACCACGGAAAUGCUGGCUGCUGCCAACCGCUCAGCACCUUCCAAGCCCUAAGGUACUCCUACAUGUAAGGCACUAGAUGGCAUCACUGAGAGACGGCUCUGGUGAACUUUUUGGAGGGUCCAACAGUCAAAUAAAGAUCUUGAUUGAAAACACCAGAUAGCAUUUCCACUGAAAGCUGUAUUCCAGUCCUUACAAACAAGGUUUAACUUCACAGCAGUUCAAAUUAGACUGGAAAUUCAACUGUUAACAAUCCACUUAAUGUACUAAUAAUAUACAAUUGGUGCAUCUUAUACUUAUUUUGGUAGUUCACAGGUUUGUCAGCAGAGGGCAGCAAGUUGGCAUGCGUUAUCAGUCGGCCUGAGGAUCCACUCAGAAUAGGUAGGGGGAGGAUCGUUAGAAAAAAAACUAGCUAUUUUUAUUCAGUGCAUAUCAACAUGAAGACAUUAAAUUAGAGCAUAUGAAAUAAAUUAAGCUUGAUUUGAUGGAUAGUGUUGUUUCACCCCUGGGGACAAAAAAGGAUGGAUACUGUGUGUGUGUCACUCAUACAAGAGAGGAGGAAGUGUGGGAGUGAAUUACAGAGAACACUGCUAAGAGAAAAGCACUUAAGUGAAGAGUAUACCUAACCACUGUCUCCAAUAGCUGAUGUUUUCUCCAGAGAAUGUUCUGACCAGCUGCUUUCUUUCUUUAAGUACUCACCGGGGAGAGGCGUUUUUCUCUCAAGCUUUCUUUCAGCCAUAGUAAUUAGCUGAUCCACAUACAGCGCCGACCUUGUAGGAGUUUGUUUCACUUUUAGAAGGUGAAGUAGAUCUCACAGCUUUUAUAUAACAAAACAAAAAAGCUGUGAGACAUCCAGCUGCAGUCCUUUGUGAUUUAACUUUGAGAUUAUCUUGCAUAUCCCUGCCAAAAAAACUGGGUCUUGGACGCAGGUGCAUGACUGACACCAAGCUGCAGGGCGAGGGGUUCAUAAUAACCAUACCUUUGAUUAAAAAAGAAAGCAACAACAACAGCUGCACAGAUAUAAAAAAAAGGAUACCAGCUCUACACCUAUCUUUGCCAUGCCAUUGACAGAAGCUUACAUUAUAUAGUGGUUAAACAGUUUUAGUGAUCAGGUCAUAGGCUAUAAAGAGGUGCAGCGGUGUCGACAAGAGGAAAAGAAGUGUAUAUUGCUGAAAAACACCUCUGCUUGUGUUUGACAGUUGGUUCUGUCUGGUUUCAACUGGUUGUCUCUCACCUCUGUCCCUGUGGGUGCAGUUUGCAGACUACACUUCUCUUUGGACUCGUCACAACUUGACCAACUCCUCCGCACAGAAGCCACCAACACUUCACAAUCAAACUGUCAGUAGCUCUGUCAGAAUAGCAGUAAGGCUGUUAAUAUCAAUCAUUAGUAUGUGGUGGUGUGCACUGUACACAUCAUGUUAGGCGAGCUGUGUGUUAUAACGUUGAGCAAGACCGCAGGUAACUGUAAAUACAGUAGCUAGGUGGAAUAUCAAACCCUCUCCCGAUGACGAAAGACGCAUCUCACUAAACAAGCAGUCAACCACUAAAGCCUUUGCACUUCAUAAAUAUUAAAUCAGACACUUUGUAUCCUACCUCUUUGGUGUUGGAAGGCCCUAGUCUGAAUUCUUACCAUUUGCUGUGAUUCAUUCACAUGUGUAUGUGCAGGUGCAUGUGUCUCUUUGAUGUGUUGAGUUGAGAGGUUUUGCACCUGUUGGAGGAAAAAAUGCUUUGAGAACAAGAGGUGCUUUUGCCUGACAGUCAGAAUAACAGCAACAGAGGGAGGAUUUGUAAUGCUAUUGCUGCCUUGUGCUCUGUGUGUAUUUUCUUUUCAUAAAGGCUGCUGUGCUGUUUUGACAUAUUUGUUGUGUGCACAGGAAAACCUUUUUUUUUUUUUUCCUCGUCUCAGUUUAGGCAUCUGUUCUGGGAUUAUGACAUUGUGCAUUUUCCGUUUUGUCCAUUACCUAUUCAUUAAAGAUGUGACUUGAAAGAAGAGUUGCCAUGGAGAUGCUGCGCUUAAUUCACUUAUCUCAGUAUUUUUUCUGUGUAUUCUUUUAACUUUAACAUCUAGAUUACCUGAUUUCUCUGGAUUUGUCGUUUCUUCUUGUAUCAUUUGUUAAUAAGCUUGACUUUUCUUUAUGCGUAACAUUUUAUCUUGUUCAAACAU